UGCGCAGGCGCCGACCGCCAGCUCAUGGUGUUUUAGACGCGUCUGCUGUCGCUCUGUUCAAAUCGUGUCAGCACGUCGGACGUGGAGAUUGUGAGUCUUCGUUUGGGGAAGAAUAGUGAAAACCUCUUCGUCCUUAGCUUCUGCAGGAAGGCGUGCGUUGGGCCUUUCUCUCAUUGAGUGAGGCGUCGACCGCUUGUGGAACUGAGUUUCUGGGAAGGGGUAUUCCUAGAAAGGUUAGCUGCCGGCCGAGAUGUCCAGCUACGUGAACGACCUGUGGCCGAGUUCGCCGCCCAAGGCCUCGCCCUCGUCCUUGCGGUCGGGCCCGUGCAGCCGACCAUCGUCGGCCUCCGGGAGCCGCUCUCCGUCCCGUUCCAGCGUCUCGAGCCGGUCGUGGUCCCGGAGCCGCAGCCCGCCCGGGCGGAGGAGCCGCUCCAGGUCUCGCUCCCGAAGGCGCCAUCAGAGGAGGUACCGGCGCUACUCGCGCUCCUACUCGCGGAGCCACUCGCGUUCCCGCAGCCGCCGGUACCGGGAGAGGCACUCAGGCUCCACCCGGAGGUCCUACCGGUCUCGCAGCCGCUCCCGCGGCCGCUUGUAUUACCGGAGGGCCUACGCCAUCGCGCGAGGCCGGCGCUACUACGGCUUCGGCCGCACCGUCUACCCCGAGGAGCGCAGAAGCUGGAGGGGGCGAUCCCGGAGCAGGUCGCGGAGCCCAACCCCCUUUCGUUUGAGCGAGAAAGAUCGAAUGGAGUUGUUAGAAAUAGCCAAAGCCAAUGCAGCAAAAGCAUUAGGAACAGCCAACUUUGACUUGCCAGCUAGUCUCAGAAGUGUUCCUGUGUCUAAAGAAAGAAACCAGGAAACAGCUGUACUGAAUAAUGGUGAAAAGUCUGAGCUAUUGGACAAGUUAACAGAAGAUGGAAUAAAAAAUGCCAGUGAAAAGUCUUAUCAGCAAAAAAGCAUCGCUUUUAGCUCUAACAAUUCUGUAGCAAAGCCUAUGCUUCAGAAAUCAGUUAAAGCUACUGCUGAAGAGAAUUCUUCAGGAUCCCCAAAAAUAGAUAAGAAGAAAAGUCCAUAUGGACUGUGGAUACCUGUCUAAAAAAAGCCAAUAGCUAAGGUUGCCUGAAAUGCACUUUUUUUUGCAAGUUUGUGUUUCUAGCAUUAUUCCAUUCUUGUGAACCAUUUAGUGGUGGUGGUGCAAUUACAAAUGACAACACAAAAAUAUGUAAAUACUUAAUUUAAAUAAUGUUUUAGAUUUCUCUUACAGAUGGGAGAUAGCACAGAUGGACCACAGGUUACACACAGGUGGGAUUCUUGUAUAUUUACACUUGGUAAAUGUUUUAUAUAAUAUGGAUCUGUUAUGUAGAAGUGAACUUUUUAAAAGCAAACAGUAAUUGAACUGUUCAUGUUGUAAAUAUUUUGUUAAUAAAUUUUAAAAAAAAAUUAUUUUAGUCUCUCUUGAUUGUGUAUAUUUUACAUAAUGUGUUUUUAUUUAAUGAAGAAGAAUGGGGCAAUAUCUCCUUUAAAACCUUCCUGCUUCCAGAUCCAAAUCUAUGGAUUGAUACCAUAGGGCUCAGUGACCUUACCUGGGAGUUUAUGAGAAAUGAUGAACCUCAAGUCUCUACCCCAAAUCUGAAUUAGAAACUGAAUCACAACCGUGUUCCCCAUUGAUGAAGAUACUCAUUAAAAUCUGAGAAGUUUG